CCCCCGGCUCCGUCCACCGGCACGAGCAAGUUCUACACACGCGGCUACAACUCUCAUUCAAACUGAGACGGUUCUCGACGCGAAAAGGCGGAUUUAUUCCACACCGAAUCAGAUAGUCGUAAAUACCCUUUUUGACGUGGUGACUUUUUUUUAUCGCGAGGCAGCUUUGUUGGAAGGAUUUUGUUCAUAAUACGGAGACAUUUUUCAGUAUCCCGCGCGCGCUAUCGUAACUGUGCGCGCGCUAACGUUAAUUAGCUUACUGGCUAGCAAGAGCUAUUCUCAACAGGACAGAACUGCAACGUGUGGAUGUACCCCUGCUCAUCUGCAGUUACAGUUGCACAAUGGCUUUCUGUUCACUCUGCUUGAUGGCUCAGCACCAAAGGAAAAUCAACAGAUCUAGUACAAUUACAGGAUAGCAAUAAGCCCACACUAUAUACCUCCGUUUACCUUAAUUGUUUUCUGGUCCUUGCCAGGUAAACGCUUUACAAGUUUGCACUGCUAAAUCUCUGAAAUCCUGUUUAAAACAGGUGGGCCUGAAGAGAAUUUAAUUAUUUAUUUUACCACAUACCUCUUUAUUUUAGUAGCUGCUGUUUCAAAAUAGCAUUAUAAAGCUAUUCUGACAGGCAUUCAUCCCUUUUAAGAUUGUGAAGCAAUUCGUCUAUAGUCUACAAUCAUGGUUUCAACAACUGCGACUGCAAUAAUACUGGUCAGCACAGUAGGGCUAGCGACCCAGACUGCUCUGACAGAAUAUAUGUGGCUGUUGAUUGUUGGCUUCAUCAUCGCCUUCAUCUUAGCCUUUUCUGUGGGUGCCAAUGAUGUUGCCAACUCAUUUGGCACAGCAGUGGGCUCUGGAGUGGUCACCUUGCGCCAGGCGUGCAUUCUGGCUACAGUGUUUGAGACUCUGGGCUCUGUGCUCCUUGGGGCCAAAGUGAGCGAAACCAUCCGCAAGGGUAUCAUUGACGUGGGCAUGUACAACGGCUCUGAGCAUGUGUUGAUGGCUGGAUCCAUCAGUGCCAUGUUUGGAUCUGCUGUGUGGCAGCUGGCCGCCUCCUUCCUUAAGCUCCCCAUCUCUGGAACACACUGCAUUGUUGGUGCUACUAUCGGCUUCUCGCUUGUUGCCAGAGGCCAGCAGGGAGUCAAGUGGUUUGAACUCCUCCGCAUCGUUGCUUCCUGGUUCCUGAGUCCCCUUUUGUCUGGAAUAAUGUCAGGCAUUGUUUUCUACUUUGUGCGUGCGUUCAUCUUACGCAAGAAAGACCCUGUGCCUAAUGGAUUGAGGGCCCUGCCUCUGUUUUACGCCGUGACCAUGGGAAUCAACCUGUUCUCCAUCAUGUUCACUGGAGCUCCGA